UCCUGCAGCGGAGUGAGAUCACGGCUUGGACACAUAUCCCUGUCUGUUCCACAGAGGGCUGAAGAGAAAAGAGAAAACGAGGUCAAUUAUGAGACUUAUCUGAAAGAAGAGGAAGUGCCACACAUCUGGCAGCAGCUGGUGUCCAAGUUUCAGAGUGUAGGAGUUGUGCGUGUGUAGCAGUUUAAAGAAAAGACAGCUCUCUACAAAUGAGGAGUUUUUAACCUGUGCGUUGGACCUGCCACACUCUACUUAUUAUAUCACAGCUGGGAGGCGAGGGGGGAAAGAGCCGAGGUGAAAAUAGGCGAGAGAGAAAGACAAGGGAAGACAUAAGAAGAAAAGACCGGAGCAUUGUCAGAGUGGAGAGGCGACAGAAGCAUAUGGUAUUCAAAAUACUUUGGAGAAGGACUUCCUGCUGAGAGUUGAAGCAUCAUCAUCAUUUCAAAGUCAUCAGACUGUGUUCAUCCUCUAACAGACGCACAGGACUGACUGUCACAGGAUUAAAGGACUUCAGAGGGGAAGUUUCUCAUCAUGGCCCCUCCCUCUGUGUUGAUGCUGCUCAUGGUGGUUGCUUUGGUAACUGGGGCCCGUGCAGCCAGCGAGGAGAACGAACUGGAUUAUGGGUACUGGAACUACAGAGAGGGCGCCGACAGUGUGAAUGUGGCCUCAGUGCGCAGUGUGACCAGAGUUUUGGACGCAUGGGGAAAACGCAUCUUCCGUGAGAUCAAGACUCUUCUGCACUCUCAGCCCAGCACACUGCUGCCAGACUACUCCAGGGUGCGCCCUCUGUCCGAGUCCGUCAACGACCUGUUCAGAGAAGUCUCCCUACUGCGCAGGCGCAUUACAGAGCUCUCGAAUCGCCUAGCAACCCUGGAACCGUUCCUCCGUCGCCACGGCUACUGGGAGGAGGGGGAGGAGAGGGCGCGAGGCGACCGGGCGCAUGCAACUCAGAUCCUGAGAGGAGAGGUCGCGAGCCUGGCCCAGUACACCCCGAGGACCCCACCGAGGGGGAGUCGGGUGGUGAGCAGGAGACGGGUGAGAGUGAAGAGCGGGGGAGUGAAGCUGAUCCAGAGAGAGAUAGACACACUGACACACUGAGAACUCCUGCAUAUAUAUACUGAGAUCUUUUUAUAUACAAUACGACAUAAACAUAUUCACUGCUUGUCUUAUAAGAUCAUACUUUUUUUCUGGUUUGCAUUUGUCAAUAAAUAACUGUAGCAUAAUGAUUGGCACACUAACACAGAGAACAACUCCUGCAUAUAUUGUAUAAUAUAGAUUAUUUUAUAUAAAAUACUUUAAAAAAAAAGAUUGCAUGGUCAAUUACGGUAACUUUUGUGAUUAUGGAAAUUCAAAUGUAGAAAAUAUUUUAAAAUACUGUUUUUACCGUCAAGUUUUUACCGGAAGUCACCAAAAACUGCUUAGGUAGCAAAAGGCAAUAUGAUGAUAUGAUUGAUUGAUUGAAGGCAUUUUCGGCAACAGGCUAAAUUAACAACAGAACUCACCUUAUUCCUGUUGUUACCUGUUCAGGUACACAUUUUGGCGAGACGAGACGCUUAAAACCAGUGAGAAUUGUUAUUUUAUAUUUACCCCCAUCUUGUCUGUAAGGGUGUCGGGAGGGACAAGUGAGUGUGAUUCCAUUCCAUUCUUCAUAGUUUGGGAGGGGAGAGGGAGACUCUUCUUUUAUGAUUUAAAAUCUGAUUUUAGUGAGCCCGAAAACCUAGACGUGUACUAAACUGAUAACAGCACCCUUUUAACUCUAAUGCCUAAUGCAUCAUACUCUUAAGCUACAGUGACAUACUGACAGGACUUGUUGUAGUCCUAAACCCUAACUUUGAAUAAGACUUUCCAGAAGCAUCUCUCACCACUGUGCUUUGACUAAAAGGGAAACUGAAUAUAAAAAACAGUUAAUGACUUACAUUAAGACACGUUUUUUGGGGCAUUUCAAGUUUUUUCAGAAAUGUUAUUUAUAAAUGUGCAAAUGAAGCAAGUAAUUGUUGAAUGUCGGAGAAGUUUACAGGAAUAAAUAGAAAAAGUUAUUAAAAUACACAUUUAAAAAUGU